UUUAUCGGUGGGCACUUUUCCUCGUAGGUUCUCUGUAAAGUUUGGUGUUCGAUUCUCCUAUAAAACGACUAAGACACCCACCAAUCAGGCAGCUAUGGCUCCUCACGGUGAGGGAUCAGAGGAAGCCCUGGUUGUUCAAGAUGAGAAUCGCAAACCCAUUUCCUCCAUCCUCUUCGUUAUCGCAAUGCAAACAGAAGCCAUGCCUGUUGUUAACAAAUUCCAGCUCAAAGAAGACCUUGAUCCUGUGUUUCCAAAAGGGGUUCCUUGGGUCAGAUAUCAUGGCAUCUACAAAGACCUCCAUAUCAACUUAGUAUGGCCUGGAAAGGAUUUGACUCUGGGGGUUGAUAGUGUAGGCACAAUUUCUGCAUCUCUUGUGACCUAUGCUGCUAUCCAAGCAUUACAGCCAGACUUGAUUAUCAAUGCAGGCACUGCAGGUGGCUUUAAGGUCAAAGGAGCAUGCAUUAGUGAUGUGUUUCUUGUAUCUGAUGUUGCUUUCCAUGACAGAAGAAUCCCUAUUCCUGUUUUUGAUCUCUAUGGAGUUGGUUCGAGGCAGUCUUUCUCGACACCUAAUCUCUUGAACGAGCUUAACCUGAAGGUUGGGAAAUUAUCUACUGGAGACUCUCUUGAUAUGUCCCCACAGGACGAAGCGUCAAUUGUUGCAAAUGAUGCUACGGUUAAAGACAUGGAGGGAGCUGCUGUUGCUUAUGUGGCUGAUCUUUUGAAAGUCCCUGCAAUAUUCAUAAAAGCUGUGACUGACAUAGUGGAUGGUGACAAGCCAACUGCAGAGGAGUUCUUGCAGAAUCUGGCUGCAGUGACUGCUGCUCUUGACCAGGCAGUCGCCCAAGUUGUUGAUUUCAUCAGUGGAAAGUGUCUCUCUGAGCUUUGAAAUAAUGUGACCUUCACUGCCUGAUUUUUUGGAAGAUGCAUGUCAGGAAGUAUCCAAUGAACCAUUGUUUCACGAGAUACAAUAUAUGUUUAGAAUUGUGAUAUUUAGCUUAAAAUAGCCAUAGUUCAUAGUUUGAGAGGGCCCGAUGUUUCUGGGUCUGAUGGUUUGGUUUUAUAUUUCCACGCUCUCAACCGAGGUCCAAGGGACCAACAACACAAUUUGAUUAGGUAUACCGUUAUGCAGCCGAAAGGGUGAUAUGCUGUUCAUCAUCUAUUUAACCCAACAGUUUGACUGGGUGAUGGUUGUUGCUGGGAAUCUUCUUGUAACAACAAAAAAUGCCAUAAGAACUUGGUCUGACAAUCUUGUAUAACGGAACCUGGUAUGAUAAUCUUAGUUUGCUCUGGUAUGAAUUUCAAUAGUUUGGCA